AUGCUUGACUUGGGGAUCCUGGAUAUUGACGCCUCAUACGUUCUUUCAGGAGCAAAUGUGCCGUUUCAUGGUGCAAUCCCACAGCCUCAUGAGAGCCGCCCGUGCCUGAUGAUUGCAGGUCUUCUCUUUCACCCAGAUAAGGGUCUCAUUCUUUUGGACACAGGAUCUCUGGAGGAUAUCAUCAAGUACUGGGACAAGGAGUUCUUGGAAUGCGCCCCACGUAUAUGGGACAAGGGCAUUCACUUUCUUCCUGAAGCUAUCAAAGCCACUGGUGCAGGUAAAAUCGGUGAUGUCAAGGCUGUUGUCAUGAGCUACCUUCAUCUGGACCAUGCAGGAGGGUUGGAGCAUUUCUUUGGCACCGACGUUGAAAUCUGGUGCCACAAGUACGAGCUGAAAAAUGUGUUCUAG